UCCAACACUAUGUUAGUGUUUAGUGAUGUUAUGCCUUCGACUUUUAACACACCGUCUACAACUCUGCCAUCUGAGUGAUCGACUAAAUGACACCCCUCUAUCUGUAGUUCGAUGCGUCAGUCCUUAUCUCGUUGUGUCAGCGCUUGAUUGCGGAACCUGAUUAUCCCUGCUCCAUCGACAUCUCUCUCUCGACAGCGUUUACACUACACACGUGCUGAAUGCAUAUUUGUUACGACAUCAAUUUACACGUGCUUUUGAUGAACUCUACAUGCAAGGUUAAGGUAAUUGACAUUGCUGUUUUUUAUACGAAUGAUGAUAAAGGUCUCGGACUGAUGUAUGUAUAAAACAUAUGGUUCCUGUAGUGUACGUUUCACGAUUCAUAUGACUUACAGAUGAGUGACUUUUGGUUAGCAUUCGAACUGUUUAGUGUUGAUUCAAGCGUCGGCCGUGCUUCACAAUAAAUACGUUUGGACAAUGGAUUAUUAAGAUGAUCCCCCAAAGUGUUGCUGUAUAGAUUGUACUUUCUGAUGUGUUGACUGUUACUAAAGACAUACUGUUUCUUUAAAAAAUCGCAUUAUGGGUAACCAAGCUUUGAACUGUCCCUCAGCUGCUACUGGGGACACUCAACUGAACACCUACCUGACACCCCGCCAAAUUCAUCUCGUACAGGACACCUGGGACAUCAUUAAGGAUGACCUGUCCAAACUUGGUGUUAUCGUCUUCCUCAGGCUGUUUGAGACGGAGCCGGACCUGAAGCACCUUUUCCCGAAGAUCGUCCAAAUGAACGAGCAGAAUAAGCUAGAGUGGGACAUUGACCGGGAAAUGCUUACAAAGCACGCAGUCUCUGUGAUGGAGGGACUUGGCGCGGCCGUGGAGAGCUUGGACGAGUCCGAGUUCCUCAACAGUGUCCUCAUCUCUAUAGGACAGACACAUGUUAAGCGACAAGUAAAGCCCCAGAUGUUAAAGAGACUUUGGCCUUCCCUGAACUACGGUCUAAAACAGGUUUUGCAGUCUAAAUACAAUAAAGAGGUGAACGAGGCCUGGAAAAAGGUCUACCUUUACAUCAUAGCGCAUAUGAAACGUGGUAUGGAGAAUCCUGAUCUCGAAAUGGACUACGACCCCAGAUGAGGGGGCCCAGCGCACCUCCUAGUGUAACUAUCAUCGAACUUAAAUCGUCACAGGUUUUAUGACGUUUUGUAUGUAUGGUUUGAGUAAAAGAAGACUGCUACGUGACUCGUGAUCUCGGGCAAACGUUAUGAAGCAUCAUAGACAGAAUCGUACAAUGACGUAGAGCAUUUGAUGUUAGAUAUAGUGACAAUGAAAUUCGAUGAGUAUUGUUAGUUAAAAAUGGCUAUUGUUUUCAAAGGUGUCGUUUAUAUGUACAUUAAUACAAUGAAUUUUGAAUUCCAUUGCAUGAGAUUGUAUGCGGAGAUUAACUUGUAUAUCGGACACCAUCGAUAUAUGAUCCUAUAGAAAAUAAUACCUCUGUGUUCAGGCAAAGCAUUCUAGUUUAUCAUCUGGAUACUAAUUAUGCUCAAAACAUCAUAACAAUAUAAACAACGUGGAACUGGAUCAUAAUAAACUCCGUCAGUUUCCAGAUAUUGUCUCCCUUAGCUUCCAGAGAUUGUCCUAUCGUCGUAUUGGGUAAACGUUAUUGUAUAUGUGAAUGUUUUAGUACAGAAAAGCAUCGACUAAGAAAGCGAGAUUAUCAUUGAAUCAUAUGUGUCCCGCGUAGUGGUCGUCAAGUGUCUGCUACAAUACAUUGUUUGUCUUCAUUGUAUUCCGCUCGUGCAUUAUAUUAGUGCUUAUUGGGUUACAUUGUCUGUGGGUAUAUCUUGAUAUAUGUAUAACAUAAGCAAGAUCAAUGAUCAUAAUGUACCAAACCAUUUGUAUAUCUCUCGAAGUCAGAAUCGAUCACGUGGACGAUCCGCGUUUUUAUUACUGUAAAAGUACACAUUUAAGCGGUAAUCUUAUUUUAAACGUAUGCCUCUCAUUUAUGAUUGAGCUGACUACACUUUCUUUACAUUAAACGGCAAGGAUUCUGCGUGUGUUAAUUCAUCAUUGACCGCACAAAAACAGUGUAUGUUUACAGUUUAAGGUCAUGGAAUAAUGCCGAGAUCAUUGGAAUGAUUUCGGGGGUUAAGGUUUUCAUGAACUUUGUAUAAAGUUGCUGUUGUAUGUUUUAUAAAAAAAAUGUAAUGAACUGAUCGUCUUUCCUGUAUCGCCCACUAUUGGUUGUACAUGUAUGUUAGAGCCAUACAAACGGGUUAGAAAGUGUGUUAGGGCAUGACCGUCUUUCAUGUAUUGGUUAUAACGUCCCGUUGUAAGCUUUGAGACUUUACGAUGGCUUGGUUUGAGGUCACAAUCAGAGGGUUGACUUGUAAGAUUUGAUAUAACUAUUGUCUGCUACCUUAUGUGAUAUGUCUUAAUGGAUGACACAUGUGUAUGAUGUCGUGUUGAACUAACCUGGCCAGUUUGGUAUUAUUGUCAAUAUUUGGUUUUUCGAGCCAUAUUCAUCCAUAUCUUUAUGAUAAGCUUUGACCCACGUGUAAUGUUAAUAAUAGAAAUACGUUAUGGUUCAAUAACAGUUUGGUAACUUAGUUAUAUUUAUGCUUCAAUAACUGUUGUGAGUAAUAUUUGUAUCAAUUUAAAAUCAUUUAAACAUUUGUAAUAUCUUUUAGUCGAAACAAUAUUUCAUUUCACAAUAUUUUAUCAAUCAAAAUAUCAUUUUUACAACAGACACUGUCUGCAAAUUGUAAUAUCCUAUGCCAUGUACACAACCCGAUACAUGGUUUGAACUUGUUUCGUAACAUGUCAUUUCAUUAGUUAAUAUUUUUUAUGUUAGAAAAUGAAAUUCGACAUGCAUUUGGAAAGCAAUAUGACAUGCUUACAAUUGACUAUGGGAUCUACAAAUACCGUAUGCUAUUGGGUGUACUAUUAACGUUCAAAACAGAAUUCAUGUUAUUCGUUUAAUUGUCAAUACACUUAUCGCACUAUUAACAGUGAAUCACACUUCAUUAUUGUUGAAUAAGUUAUCAUCAGACAAUUGCACAAGAGGUUAAUACUUUAUUGUUUUUAUUCUACCACAACAUGCUACCAUUGUGUUGUAGUCAAACCAGAACUACAUAACGAAAAAAUGUAAAUAAUGACUUUAUUGUGAUGAACUACAAAAACAUUUAACUACCUAUAAAAAAGAUGGACAUUUCGACUACUAAUAUAUUUUUUUCAAAUCUAAAAAUACUUCAUUUCUAAUUAAUUAUUAACACUUCAAUUCACUAUGAAAUGUGACAAUAUCCUGAGUAUCAAAAUAUGAAGGCUAUGUUAAUUAAAAGCACCUGUCAGAUCCAGGGUUAAGUAUCUAUGGUUACAUUUCUCCAUUUUUUAAAUGUAGUGAAUCCAAUAGGACAUUCGACACUCGAAUCUACUUCAUUUUACUAUUCCAAUAUUAAGAAUAUGUAAUUACAUCUACCAGAUACCUAGGCAGUGGUGUGCAUUAUUUAGUACAUUUGAGCUCGACCAAUUUCAUAACAUAGUUGUUUUGCUGAAACAAUAGUUUAUAUAUGACACAAAAACAAACUGUAUACGUAACAGGUUUGGUGUCAAUAAUUAAUCUGGUUUAAAUGCAUCAUAUACUGAUGAUCUGUGCAUAAAUCAGAUUGGUUAUUCGCCUCCAAGUAAAUUGAAUUAUGCGUUAGUAUUAUAUAAGUGUAAAGAAUUACGUGAUAGGCUCAUGAUCUGUUUGUGGAUCUACUCUCGACCUUUACAUUUAACAAGAUGUCUACAGGAAAUGAAAUAAAAUUGAUAUCAACACUCA